GCGAUUUAUUAACCAAUCACGAUCUUCACGUCGUGUAAGCAAUGUCGAGGAAGCUCGUGCGCAGAAUGCGAGACAACAGUACACACGGGUCUGGGCGGGCCGAUGUUAUCCGUUCGGCGCUGUAAGUAUCCCUAGGGAAGACAUGAUAGAACUAUAGAAUGACCACUGAGAUAAGGGAGAGGAACAUGGGGAGACCAUUUGGCGCCAACAUCAGUAACACCCAGAUGGACAUCAGCUGCAAAGAUGACCAUGAUCGCGGUCAAGAAGGUCAAGACGAGGAUAGCGGAAUCCAGUCGCCUUCUUCAGCAGAUUCUCUCAGACAGGAACCAACCUACCCCGUCGUGAACGACAUAACGAGCAAGUUCAAACAUCACGUCAUCCUUUGUUCCGGAAGUGGCUCACACGAAGCUGAAGCAAUUAAAAGCAGUCUGAAUGUUGACAUCGGCCAAGUGCCUAUCACGGUUUGCAAUGAAAGAGCUGGGGUCUUCAACAACAUUCUUCCAAACGAUACAGCCUUGUAUAUUGUGGUCGAUUCUCCCAUGUGUGAUAUUCUGAUGAAAGGACGAAGACUACCUGACGUUGUUUACGAUUUCUUUGAAGAAUUUGCACAGUCGUCCAAGGUCUAUCUGAAGAACGCACUCCCUCCACAGGAACACUGGCGAUACGACGGUCUGCGGUGCCAGCUACCUCAAGAGUGUGUCUGCGAAUACAAGGAGGUCUUCAUCUCUUGUAGCCAGACACCCGACAGAGAUGAGGGACAUGGCUCAGCAGAAUCAGAAUCGGGUGCUGGCUCAAUGGAAUCGGACGAUGCUAUUGAUGACGACUCCAUUGUCGUUGAUGAGGAUGUACAGGAGGAUGACAAUGAUGACGAUGAUGACGAUGAAUGUUAUGCUGCGCCAGAAGCGUUAGGAGAUACCUUGCCGACGGAACAUAUUCAAAUUGGUUCCAACUGUACAAUGAACAUAACACCUCAUCAAUCGGGAGAACUUCUGAUGAGGCAAGAUGGAACACAGAAUACCAUGAACGUUCAAAUAGUUCCUGGAGAAAAUACGUCAAAGGUAUUUGUGGUGAUCACCCUGAGUCUCGCGACCCUGACCUUGACCGACUUCUUCUGCGUGAAAUGAAUGGACAGAAGGACGUCAUCAACAUCAGCCUCCAGUCACAGAA